GCUCCCCAUAAGGGGUCCGCGGGGCUGGCUGGGCUGCAGCCGCGGGAGCUGGGCCGGCAGCGGGGAGCAGCGAGCGGGGAGCCGGGCCCCGUGCCGAGGAUGCUGCUGCUGGUGUGGUUGCUGCCGCUGGCGUGGCCCGGCGAGGGCUCCCAGCGCGGCGAGCCGAUGUUCACAGCCGUCACCAGCCGUGUCCUUCCGCCCGACUACGACAGCAACCCCACGCAGCUCAACUAUGGCGUGGCCGUCACCGACGUGGACGCUGACGGGGACUUGGAGAUCGUGGUGGCAGGGUACAACGGGCCCAACCUGGUGCUGAAGUAUGACCGGGCGCAGCAGCGGCUGGUGAACCUGGCACCAGACGAGCGCAGCUCCCCAUACUACGCGCUGCGGGAUCGCCAGGGCAACGCCAUCGGGGUGACGGCCUGCGACAUCGACGGGGACGGGCGCGAGGAGAUCUACUUCCUCAACACCAACAACGCCUUCUCGGGUCUGGCCACCUACACGGACAAGCUGUUCAAGUUCCGGGCUGGGCGCUGGGAGGACCUCCUGAGUGACGAGGUGAACCGGGCAGUGGCCAGCCGCUUCGCCGGGCGCUCGGUGGCCUGCGUGGACAGGGCGGGCUCCGGCCGAUACGCCAUCUACAUCGCCAACUACGCCAACGGCAACCUGGGCCCCCACGCGCUGCUGGAGAUGGACGUGGCCGCCAGCGACCCUGCUCGCGGCAUCGUGGUGCUGACUGACGUCGCCGCCGAGGCCAGGGUCAACAAAUACACAGGCGGCCGGGGGGUGGCGGUGGGCCCCAUCCUGAGCACCAGCGCCUCGGACAUAUUCUGCGAUAACGAGAAUGGGCCCAACUUCCUCUUCCACAACCAGGGGGACGGCAGCUUCGUCGACGCAGCUGCCAGCGUCGGCCUGGAUGACCCCUACCAGCACGGCCGUGGCGUGGCCCUGGCCGACUUCAACCGUGACGGCAAAGUGGACAUCGUCUACGGCAACUGGAAUGGGCCCCACCGCCUCUACCUGCAGAUGAGCGCCAGCGGGCGGGUCCGCUUCCGGGACAUCGCCACGCCCAAGUUCUCCAUGCCGUCCCCCGUCCGCACCAUCCUCGCGGCCGACUUCGACAACGACCAGGAGCUGGAGGUGUUCUUCAACAACAUCGCGUACCGGGGCUCCUCCGCCAACCGCCUCUUCCGGAUCAUCCGCAGGGAGCACUUGGACCCCGUGAUCGAGGAGCUGAACCCAGGAGAUGCCAUGGAGCCCGAGGGCCGGGGCACUGGGGGUGCAGUGACUGACUUCGAUGGCGAUGGGCUGCUGGACCUGAUCCUGUCCCACGGCGAGUCCAUGGCGCAGCCGCUCUCUGUCUUCAGGGGCACCCAGGUGCGUUGGGGCCCCGUGCUCACCCCCUGGGCCGCAUUAGGGCUUUGCUGUAAAGACUUUAUAUGUAUACUGCCCACAGGGCCGGUGCUCUUCAAAGGCCCCCGGGAGGCUCCCGGGAGGGAGCCAGACCCCCCCAGUCGCUGGGAAAGCCCCUCGGCUUCACCGCCCCCUUGGAACGAGCCUUCAGCACCCCUGGCUCACACUCUCGAGCGGCAGCUCUUUGAGGAGACAGUGAAGACCCUCAAUGGCUUCUACGCCGAGGCCGAGAAGAUCGGGGGCAGCUCCUACCUGGAGGGGUGCCUGGCGUGUGCCACAGCCUACUUCAUCUUCCUCUGCAUGGAGACCCACUACGAGAAG